GUCCCGCGCUUGUCCACGAUUCUGGUCUUCACACCUGUCCGACUAAGCCAGUUUGCGAGCAUAAGUCCUGCCGGACCAGCCCCAACAAUGAGCACAUCCACCUUGCUUGAUUUUUGCUGUAUCGCCAUCGUGUGAUUUGGUGGAAGAUACUCAACAUGUACAGGAAACUCUGCUGGAGGAUAUAUACCAAUACUGCUUCGGGGAAAACAGGGAGAAUCGGAAUUUGAGAAUUACAAAUAAACCAUGUGUGGUUCGAAUUGUCUUUCGACACGAAGAAAAGCUAGAAAAAGGUUUUGUGGAACAACCUACGACUUGCCUUUCAUGACCUUGUCGGGUUUGCCGACACAUAAAGUCUGGAGGCUGCUAGCCCCGGACUGGAAUCCGAAAGUACCCCGCGUAUGCCUCAACGGCUACUGUACCGGUACCUGUGAAGCUCUAAAGCCCAGAAUAGUUAGAACGUCCUUCCCGCAUUUCCGCACCGAUCUACAGGGCAAGAGACCGGGAUGGGCCGUUGGGAUGCCAUCGCAUCGGAACAUCGGAAUGUCGGAACGGGAUGUCGGGAUGACCUGAAACCCAAGAGGCUCAGCGUGCCUAGUUAAGCUCUUAACUUUACAAGCCCUGGUGUCUCCAAGCCAUGACCUCGUGGCUCAGCUGAUAUGUCCUGUCCAACGAAGGGCCAGACCUCACCAUAUGGCGCCUGGGCUCCCCCGCCCUGUGUUGCCAAUCUCUGGGGUACCGAUACCCCGGAUCCGGGGUAGAAGUAUGUCGUCUCGCAUGUCGAGUGGUAUAUCAAGACCUCCUUCCUCACACCAGUCUUCUUGGAAAUGAUAUCUGGUUCCUUCAAACAUUACCCUCAGCUCAAUAACCAUGGCUUCCAAUAACGUGAAUGUUGAGUCAUCCGCAGUCAAUGCCAUCCCCGAAAAAAGUACGCUUUCCCAUGUGGAAUAUGGAAGUGAGGAAGAAGCUAAAGAAAGAACGCAAGGGGCCCGUAUAACCGAUGAAUACGGCAAUGCUGUCUUUCACAGUGACCCAGCUGCUGAACGUCGUUUGCGGUUGAAGAUCGACUUCUACAUCGUCCCAACAGUUUUUGUCCUGUAUCUAUUCUGCUUUAUCGAUCGGACCAAUAUUGGCAAUGCAAGACUUGCGGGCUUCGAGAAGGAUCUCCAUCUCAAAGGAUACGACUACAACGCAGUUCUCUCGUACUUCUACAUCUCAUAUAUCAUCCUUGAGAUCCCCGCAAACACCAUGUGCAAGAUGAUGGGACCAGGCUGGUUCCUGCCCCUUUGCACGGUUGGCUUCGGUCUCUGUUCGCUUUGUACGGCAUGGGUGACAGGUUACUCUGGGGCAGCAGCGGUCCGCUUCUUCCUGGGCGUCUUUGAAGCUGGAAUGCUUCCUGGCAUUGCCUAUUACCUUUCGAGAUGGUAUCGGAGAAGCGAACUUGUGUUCCGCUUAUCGCUCUACAUCAUCGCAGCACCUUUGGCUGGAGCAUUCGGCGGCCUACUUGCGUCUGCGAUUCUUCGACUAGACAGCUUCGGGUCUUUCAAGUCGUGGAGGAUGCUCUUUGCCAUCGAGGGAAUUGCCACCAUGGUCGUGGGUCUCAUUGCGUUUGUCACCUUGACUGAUCGACCGGAGACUGCCAGGUGGUUGUCGGCCGAAGAGAAAGAACUUGCUAUUGGUCGCGUACAAUCGGAGACUAUCAACACCACCCAGGUGCUGGACAAGAUCGACGUCCCAAAGCUGAUGAGGGGAAUUCUCAGCCCGAUCACACUUGGUACUGCUAUGGUCUUUUUGCUGGACAAUAUCACCGUCCAAGGCCUCGCGAUCUUCGCCCCAACGGUUGUCAGGACUAUCUACCCAAAGGCGACAGUCGUAACACAGCAGCUUCACACUGUGCCGCCUUACAUCCUCGGUGCCGCUUCGGUUCUCAUCGUAUCAUUCUCCAGCUGGAAGACCAACAAACGCACGAUCUACUUCCUCCCUUGCGCUGCUCUUAUGAUGAUUGGCUACAUAAUCUUCCUGGCCACCACGGCGUCGCGUGUCAGAUACGGGGCAACUUUCAUUAUUGCAGCCGGUGCAUUCCCGUUCGGAGCACUUUGCAACGCACAAGUUUCCGCAAACGUAGCUUCAGACACAGCUCGCGCAUCUGCCAUUGCAACCAACGUCAUGCUCGGCAACGUUGGAGGCCUGGUUUCUACUUGGGGUUUCCUCCCCUUUGAUGCGCCGAACUACAAGAUCGGCAACGGACUCAACUUGGCUACAUCCGCGACCAUUAUUAUCAUCUCCAUCGGUCUCUUGGUCUGGAUGAAAGUAGACAAUAGCCGCAGGAGCAAGCUCAGUGUGUCUUCAGAGCUGGAAGGUCUCACGCAGAAGCAAGUUGAAGAUCUUGACUGGCGCCAUCCAGCUUUCAAGUGGAAGCCUUAGAUUUGUUAGGAUAUAUUGUCCUGUUGAAAAUCGGCUGCAUCUUCUAAGGUGCAAAAAGGGGCCAGCAGAUGGGUAUGCAGCAAUUGUGUUGCGUUGUGUUGUGCUUGUGAAGACCUAGUGGCGAUUGAUGGCCUCCAGGCUGUGCGACUAUCCAGUUCUAGCUGAAUAUCGAUUUGUGUAUGUAGCAAGACAAGAAUUUAAUUAUCUCAACCUAUCAAAUGUCUCAUCAAUGAAUACUGUGAGAAAUCCGC